CCCAAGGCAGCACACUGACGCGUGCACGCACGCACGCACGCACAAGCAAUACAUCCGCACACGUACGCACGCACGCGCGCGGUAGGACUAGCCCGGAGUAUCGCGGCGAGGAGAGCCCGGCGGGCGUGCACCUGUCCCAGAGAGGCCCCGACCCAGACGUCCUUAUGUGUGGAUGGGACCAAAGCUACACGGCGACCUCUCAAAGCUCGGCCAUGUUGACCAGUGAGGGGGCGCACACCAUGGAGCAGGACGCCUCCCAUCACGGCGCCAAGAUGGCCUCCAUCAGCUCAGACGGCGUCCGGCUGGACCCGAGCGUGGAAAUGGACGCCGUGGAUGCAGGGGAUGAGGCUGACAUGACUCGCUGGACUGAGGCCGAGUUUGAGGAGAAGUGCACAUACAUUGUCAAGGAUAGCACGUGGGAUGCCGGAGCGGAGGGGGACGCUAACGCUAACGCUGCUAACACCGCCGGCAUCAGGGCACAGGCUUCACUGCCCCGGAACCUCAUGUUCAAACACACGUCUGAUGGAAAAGAGGUUGUGGGCGUAUGCAGCCGGGAGUACAUCCCCAAGGGCACACGUUUCGGACCCCUGGUUGGCCAAAUCUACACAGCCAACAGCGUGCCCAAAGACGCCAACCGCAAGUACUUCUGGCGGAUCUACGCCGAUGGCGACUUCCACCAUUUUGUGGACGGCCUGGACGAGUCUCGCUCCAACUGGAUGCGCUACGUGAACCCGGCCCACUCGGUGGCCGAGCAGAACGUGGCGGCCUGCCAGAACGGCUUGGACGUUUACUUCUACACCAUCAGGCCCGUGCCGGCCGGCGCCGAGCUCCUGGUGUGGUACUGCCACGACUACGCGCGCAGGCUGCACUACCCGCCAUCCGGGGAGCUCAUGAUGCAAAAGCUCAAACAGUCCCUGCUGGAGGUGAAGCAGCAUCAGGCGUCUGCCCCCUCGCCACCCACCUCCGCCACCUCCCGGGCCCCCAAGCGGGAGCACAGCGUGCUAUCCAUCCUGCGGGAUGUCCCCAAGAGCGAACCGAGCCGCCCUCUGCCCACGCGCUCGUGUUUCGCCUACAGCCCCGAGCGCCCCUUGUACCCACGCGCCCUCUACCCACCCCUAAGGGGACACCCCGAGGAGUUCCUAAAAGCGAGUGCCCUGGGUUACCCCCGUUCCCCUGGCGACCAGUCGUCCGCCACUCCCGGCUCAUCGGCGAGGAGCAGCCCAGAGAGCUGCCCCCAGGGGAGCCCGUCCGUGCCUUUCUACCCAGGCGGACUGGGGCCGUACCCCAGCUACUCUCCGCCGUCCGCCGCCCCGCUGUCGCCUUUCUACCCCCCAGCGGCGCCCUACUCUCGCUACCUCCUGCCACAUCACUAUGCACUUCCUGGGGGCGGUGUCCCCACCGUGGGGGGUAUUUACCCCAGGAUGUACCCGCUUUAUCUGCCACCAAACGUGCCCCUCAUUCCCUCAGACGUGGCCGGGCGACGUUUCCUGAUGUCAGACGCCACCCACCCUUCCCGGGACUUCCUCCUACCGGCACCCACUAGCGCCUUCUCGGCAGCCGCCUCCCUCAAAGACAAGGCGUCCUCGCACCGGUCCCCACCCGCCAGAUCCCCAGUUGCAGGGGUUCCCGGGGAGCGGGCGCCCACCAAGCUGUGCGACUCGGACGAAGAGGCGGUGAAUCUGGUGAAGGUGAAGAGAGGCGUCGGCUCUGCCGGGUACAAGGCGCUGCCCUACCCACUCAAGAAGCAGAAUGGGAAAAUCAAGUAUGAGUGCAACGUGUGCACCAAGACCUUCGGACAGCUCUCCAAUCUUAAGGUCCACCUCCGCGUCCACAGCGGCGAGCGACCGUUCAAGUGUCAGACGUGCAACAAGGGCUUCACGCAGCUUGCCCACCUGCAGAAACACUACCUUGUCCAUACGGGAGAGAAACCGCACGAGUGCCAGGUGUGCCACAAGCGCUUCAGUAGCACCAGCAACCUGAAGACCCACCUGCGUCUCCACUCGGGGGAGAAGCCGUACCACUGCAAGCUGUGCCCGGCCAAGUUCACGCAGUUCGUCCACCUCAAGCUCCACAAGCGCCUGCACUCCCGCGAGCGGCCUCACAAGUGCCCGCAGUGCCAUCGUCACUACAUCCACCUGUGCAGCCUGCGCCUUCACCUCAAGGGCUACUGCCCGGCGGCCGCCCACCACCACGUCGCCGCCGACGAGGUCCAACACGCCAACGAGGAAAUCGAACGCUUCGACAUGAGCGAGCACGCCGAGCAACUGGAGAGGCUCCAAAGCGGAGCCGAGUUGGACGCCGUCUUGGAGAAGCAGGUUCUGGGGGCCGGGUGGCGCCAGACUUCGGUCAUCAAGGUGCGGCGCGGACUUGCCGUCAAACAGGAGGCGGACGUGUGAGGGAGGCGAGGCGGGGGCGCUUCAGGGACUCGCUACUCAGGGCUCACAUUUGACAAUCACCCUCCGAAGGUCUCCAUUUCCACACUUUUCUUUGAACUUAUGUUUCCAGAACGUUCUUCAGGGUUUACGAGAAUGAUUCCACAAUUUUGACUGUCCCCCUUUACCACUUAAUUUAAACAUCAGGAACAAAGGGCAAGCGUGUUUGUGUUACAACAGUUACCUCAGAGUUCGCGUGGGAGUGAGUACGUGUGAGAGUGCGCAUGUGUUAAGGGAAAGGCUGAAGAUGGACUUUUUUUUGUUUUUGUUUUGUUCUAUUUAUUUGCUCUUUGGCUACUUGAAGAAGAAGAAGAAGAAAUGAAAGUGGAGUGCAGCUGGCCAACCUGUAGCACCUGUUUUUUGUCAUUGUUUGAUUUUGAUAGUGAUGACACUGUCAGUAAUGUGGACGUGAUGCUCCGAACCAAAGUUGACUGCGUGGACUUCCGGAAUGCAAAACCAGGAAGAAUGUGAAGAAGGGACUUUGAUUUGAUUUUUUAUUUAUUUUGGUUUUUCAUAUGAAUCUGGUGUCAUUUUACUCGUAUUUCUCAUUUUAUUCACAAUGAAUGACAUACAUUGUCAGUGAUAUGGAUGUGAUGCUCAAAACCAAAGUUGAUCGGAUUUCUAAAACUGUAAAACGUCCAAAGUAGCAAAAAUUUGAAGAGAUUUUGUUGUUUAAUUUAUUUUUACUUUGUUUUUUAAAUAAAUUUUAAUUAUUUUCAUUUCCAUUUUUUUUCAAUAUUUAAUUUUACUUUUUAAAUUUGUUGAUUUUAUUGUAGUUUUUUUCACUUUUUUUUACAAUUAAAAAAAUAAGUUUAUUUUCUUCGUCUUAUCUGACCACCGAACCCAAGUUGACUGGACUUCCAGGCGUCCAAAGCAGGGAGAAUUUCAAGAAGUAAUUUUACUAUAUUCCAUUUUUGGAACUUUAAAUUUUGUUGAGUCUUCUUUUAUUUAUUAAUUUUAGUCGUUCUUUUGCUUUCAGAUUAAAUUUUAUUUUACUAUAAUUUGAGCUUUUAUUUGUUUACUCACACAUUGAAAUCAAUUUUAUUUUUCAUUUUUUAAAACAUUAUUAUUUCGCCAUCAAUUUGAAUUUUCUUUUACUUUUGUUUCAGCUUUAGUGUUUUUGAAGAAUUGUAUUCGUCAAAUUUUAUUAAAUCUUUAUUUUUAUUGUAUUCCUAGUUUUCACUUUUUGUUUUUUUUUACCUUUUCAAAUUAUUUUGUUCGUUUUUUUUUAAACAUUUAUUUUACUUUAUUAAAAGAUUUUUUUUUUUUAAGUUUCAAUAACAGUCAGUGUGUGACACUCCAAACCAAAGUUGACUGGACUUCCAACAUUCAAGCUCCCAAAGCAGGAAGAAUGUGAAAAAGAAAUCAAAAGACUUUGAUUACAUUUUUAUGUUCCUAGCCCCGCCCCCAACCCGCCUUCUUAUGCACUGGCCCCUCCCACUUUCUCAUCUUCCUCUGACCAAAAAGUGUCUCGUCUGUUGUUUGUCGAGAAAUAACUUCAAAAACUGUGUGUGCGUGUCUCCGUGUUUACAUCCUGGUUGGUUUACAAAUUGUUUAAUUUAUGUGCAAAAUUGUCCAAAUGUGUAAAUUAUUUUGAGAAUUAUUAUAAAUAUUCACUGCUUUUAAUCCAAAACCUGGCCCUUUGUUAUUAACAAACCAGCACAAGCAACAAAUUGUACAUUUUCACUUAGAAAUGGAACAAAAAAAAUAAAAUAAUUCACUGAUUUUUACUACAAUAACUUUAAUAUGAUAAAAACUAAAGUAUGAAAGAAUAAAUAUAAUCGGCAUUAGCAAAGUAAUUUUAGUAGUAGUAAAUAUUAAAUACAAUAUUGUAUAUACAGUAUUACAUUUUUACUGAUAUAGUAUAAAUACAUGAAUAUUAUUAUAUUUGUGUUCUAUUUUAUAUCCAUAAUUCUUUGAUCAAAAUUUUUCUUCACCUGGAUAUGCUACACAAAAUACUUUUAUUGUAAUCUAGGUAAUCAACAAACUUUUUCACUUGUCAU